AUGUCUAAAUCAAAUCACAGAGAGUCAUCUUUAGACCUAACAGUAUUUCAAUGGAAGGAAAAUAAAGUAGUGUAUUUUGCGUCAAACUUCCAUGGCACUGAACAGAGCGUAGUGACAAGAAAACAGAAAGAUGGAACUAGUAUGACUAUACCAUGUCCAGUUAUUGUAUGUGAUUACAAUAAAAACAUGGGUGGUGUGGAUCAUGCAGACAGAUUACGUUCAACUUGUGGUCUUGACAGGCGAUCAAAGAAAUGGUGGCACCGUCUCUUCUGGGGAGCAAUACAAAUUGCUUUUGUCAAUGCUUACGUCAUUUUCAGUGAUCUACAUGGGGCACUGCCACUGCUGGAAUUCAGGCGUGCUGUGGCACUAGGGCUAAUGAAUGAAUAUGAAGUGCCAAAUCUCAGAAAGAGAAACUCUGGUAAAGAUGAAAUAACUCUCCCAAAGAGAAGGAAGGAUAACUUUUCUGUUCUGAAGGAUGUACGUCUUGGAAACCGAGGAAACCAUUUAGUAGUGUUCCGUUGUAAAAGAGGACGAUGCGAAAUGUGUGCGAAAAAUAAAAUUCAGCCGAGACCACAUUCACAAUGUAGUACAUGUAAAGUGUAUUUGUGCUGCAAUGAGAAAAAGAACUGUUUCAUACAAUUUCAUGAGGUAUCACUAAAUAUGUGA